AUACUUCCGGUUAUGAAAUAAGUACUUCCGGUCAUUAAGCAGAAUAUUUUGACACGAGAGAAGAUGUUGGACUUCUUCGCAAUUUUCAGCAAAGGCGGUAUCGUCCUUUGGUAUUUCCAAGGAACCUCCCAACUUUUUACACCAUCUAUCAACUCCUUGAUCAAGACCGUCAUUUUACAGGAAAGGAGUGGAAAUAACUCGUUUACUCAUGAGGCUUUAACUUUGAAGUACAAACUUGACAAUGAGUUUGAGUUGGUGUUUGUGGUGGGUUAUCAAAAGAUACUGCAGUUAUCAUAUAUUGAUAAGUUUCUGAGUGACAUACAACUUGAGUUUCGUAACAAGUACAAAGAUGAUAUCCAGAACGGCAAGAUGUCACGGAAUUUAGAUUUCAGUGAUGUCUUUCACCUUGUGUUGAAGCAGCGUGAGGAGGAGAGUCGAGUGGAGAAGGUUCGGAGAACUAUGAGGAGUUUUGAGGAUUCUAAGAAAUCUCAGAAAACUGUAUCAUCAAUGGUGGAAAAGAAAGGUGAUGAAAAGAAACCCACCAAAGCCAAAGGAAAAGAAAACAAACCAGUGAAAACUGUUACUAUAAAAGAGCCCGAGCCAGUCCAAGAUACUUCUCCUGUUGUCAACGGAAGUCUGGACGAGGAAACACUGAGGAAAAACCGUGAAAAAUUCUUUGAGAAAAUGCAGGGUGGCAAAAAAGCAAAAAGCAGUCCUAAAAGCACUACCCCUGAGGGGAAGAAGAAAGGAAAGAUCGGCCGAGUGUGGGAUGGAGCCGGUAACAACAAGGACAUAAAGAAUCUCGACUUCAGCAGUGCAAAUGGAGACAGCAGUCAAGUACCUGAUGAAGAAGUUGUGCCGUCCAUAGCAGAGAGAUCUCUGGUAGGAUCUAUGAAGGGUAGUAUCAAGGACAUUGAGGAGGAGGAGGAAGAGGAAGAUUAUGAGGAGGAGAUGAACCAGACUGCAUCCAAAGGCAACGCAAAGAGCAGUGCCAAGUCUGGUGGAUCGGGCAUGUUCAGUAUGUUUAAGAAUCUGAUUGGAUCCAAAACCCUCACCAAGGACGAUCUGGACAACGCUCUGGAGAAAAUGAAGGACCACCUUGUCUCCAAAAAUGUUGCGUCCGACAUUGCCGUGAAGUUAUGCGACUCUGUGGCUGCCAAGCUUGAGGGACGGACAUUGGGAACUUUUAACACUGUUGCCCACACUGUAAAGACAGCCCUCAAUGAAUCUUGUGUCCAGAUUCUGCUGCCCAAACGCCGGAUAGACAUCCUCCGAGAUGCUAUGGAGGCUAAACAGCAGAAGCGACCCUAUACUAUCACCUUUUGUGGAGUAAACGGCGUUGGCAAGUCAACAAAUCUGGCCAAGAUCUGUUUCUGGUUAGUUGAGAAUGGUUUUCGAGUGCUGAUUGCGGCAUGCGACACAUUCCGUGCUGGUGCUGUAGAACAGUUGAGGACACACACUCGUAAGCUAAACGCCCUUCACCCCAGUGUGAACGGUGAUGGUCAGCACAUGGUCAAGCUCUAUGAGAAAGGCUAUGGCAAGGAUGCUGCUGGUAUAGCGAUGGAAGCCAUUAAUUAUGCACGUGACUACCACAUUGAUGUCGUUCUGGUGGACACCGCUGGACGGAUGCAGGACAACGAGCCCCUGAUGAGAGCUUUAUCUAAGUUAAUUCGUGUGAACCAGCCGGAUCUGGUUCUGUUUGUUGGAGAAGCUUUGGUUGGAAAUGAGGCUGUAGAUCAGCUGACCAAGUUCAACAAAGCUCUCAUUGAUCACUCUGCCAGUGAAAACCCUCGUGUAAUAGAUGGCAUUAUUCUCACCAAGUUUGAUACCAUCGAUGAUAAGGUGGGAGCUGCUAUUUCCAUGACCUACACCACCGGACAACCCAUCGUAUUUGUGGGCACAGGACAGACGUACACAGACCUCCGCAACCUUAAUGCUAAGGCUGUGGUCAGUUCUCUCCUUAAGUGACCACUCAGUGACCCCUCAUCAGUUAUCACACACCUCUGUAGAUGUUAAAGACUGUGUUCAUUCUUGACGUUGUGAUAUUCUCCCUUAAGUAAAGAACUCUAAUGGACAACAAUACUUUUUAUCAAUAAUCAUAUUUAUGCUAGACAUUUGUUUCUGUGAAAAAAUAUCUUCAUAAUUUUUUACAAGAUGUGAAAUACUGAAAUAGAGAUAGUGAAAUUUAUGUGAAUAUCAGGUUUUUAUACAAACUUGCCCUUUCAUGUGAAUAUCAGGUUUUUAUACAAACUUGCCCUUUCAUGUGAAUAUCAGAAACAAACUCCCCCUUUCUGUAGAUCACACUUUGUAAGAUUUUCUAACUUUUACACAAUUUCUCAUUCAAAUUUAAAAAAUGGAUAUUACAAUCAGAAUCUGCCUGAGAUUUAUUUCAUAUUGUAAAAAAACUAAAACUUUCAGAUUUCUUGCACAUCCUUAAGUUAACCUCCAGGUAUGUGAAGACUUCGGAGUAUAUGGGCAUGUUUUAUAAUCUUAAUUAUUUUAGAUUGAUGGUUAUUAUGGACAGUGGUGAUUCUAAAAUCUGUAAGAUUAAGAUGACUGUCUGCUCCAGGAACAGCAUUAUUUAUUUUAGCUAUGGGGACUCCAUGAUUGGAAAACAGUCACAUUACCAGCUGUUUUUGUUGUAAAAAUAUGCUUAAAAUUCAAGUGACAAAGAUGCACAGUAAAUGCUAUAGUCUAACAUGAAACUUGGGCUAUAUUCAGUUGUAGAAGCAAGUGUGAUUAUUUUCUGACCCCCUGGUAAAACCGUUUUAUGUUAAUAUGUAAACAUAUUUAAUGUACAUAAAUUUUAAUAUUUGUUAUCUAAGAUGGUAUUGAGGAAGUUCUUUCAUUAAAAUUCAUGUGAAGUUUUCAGAAGAUUUUAUUUGAAUUUUCAGAAAGUAUGUUUCAAUAAGUUCUCAGGAAAAGGCUGAUUGUUCAAGAAAAGAUACAUGAUGUUUUGUUAUAAACAAGUUAAAAACUUC